AUGGCAAGCUCCCCCGAGCAAGACAAGGUACUGAACGACUACAUGCUGGCCUGGGAGGAGGCCUGUAGUCUCGGGGAAAUCCCGAGACCAUCGGCGGCUUCCCUGGCGCUUGCCGGGGACCUGUGUGCCCUCCUCCUGCGGGGCCAGAGGCAUACAGGCCUGAAGGAUUUCCUGGGCCUCCUCGGUGAUCAGCUGCACCUGUACAGGUCCAACCCCUGGGUGUAUCGGGCUCAGAUCACAGAAAAUCUGCGGAGCGGACAGUUCGAAAAAGUGUUCCAACUCCUUCAGCACUUUCCAUUUGGCCCCAGUGCAGACCUAGUGCAGCUAUGGGAUGAGGCCCACUACAGGCAGAUGGAGAGAAGAACAGGAAAACUACUAACUCCUGUGGGCAAAUUCAGGCUCAGGAAAAGGUUUCCCCCUCCACUCUCCAUUGCCCCUCAUGGCCGGAAGACCCUUUCUCUGCCCAGAGAAGCCAAGACAAAGCUGCAGUCUUGGCUUCUAGAUCACCAGGACCACCCCUACCCCUCACGGGUAGAGAAAUAUGACUUGGCUGAACUCACUGGCCUGACUUUUAAACAGGUUAGUACCUGGUUCCAGAAUAACCGACGACGACUGCAUCACCACCAGGACACGAGCUGGGCCAGGUCCCCUUGGUCAGAUGUUGACAUCCCCUCCCUGAAGAGGUCCCCGAGGUCUCCUGAUGGGAAACAGUGCUCUAAAGGUUGUGGUGUUUCUGGAAGAGUUCAGAAAGCAAAUAAAAAGAUAGUGGAGAAGAAGAAGAGGGAGAAGAGCACAUAUCACUCCUCCCUUGGUUUUGGGUACGGUUCUAUCUGUGAAAAUGUCUCCCCUUGCAAUGAAAGUGUCUCAUCUGUCAAACACAGUGAAGGUUUUCCUGAAUGUUCAACUCUCGCUUCUCACAAAAAGUCCACAACACAAGACAGAUGUCAUCAAGGUGAUGGAGAUACCAAGUUAUACUGCAUCAUGUGUGCAGAAGACACCAUCACACCAGUACACAAGUGUUCUCCCCACAUGGAAGAGCAGAAACAUGUAGAGGGGACAGAAAAGGCAAGCUGCUUCAAGGAACAGUUCUUGCCAUGCCUGGAUGAUAACUCUAACCUGCAGCACUGUGCCCAACAGUGUGCUGUCUGCUCACAGACCUGCCUCUCAGCAAACCUGAGACCAGCAUCCCUACACAUCACAGGUGGGGAACACUUUGCUUGUCCCUACACCAGCUUCCCUACAAAAGGCUUCUAUUCUGUACAUUGUAUGGAUUGUGUCUAUAAUUCUGCAGAGCUGGUAACGCCUAUUGAUUCCUACCCUCUACACCUGGUAAUACCUGGAGACUCCAACCCUCUGCACCUGAUACCAACUGGGGACUUAGAUCAUGUGCACCUGGCAGAACCUUGGGACACAAGCCCUGCACAUGUGACAACAGCACCUGGGGACUGCCUCAUGUACACUGAGUUGCAGACUGUGGCCUCCCCUCCAACAACCUUUCUGACGUACAAUAGUUUUGGUGCUAUCCCAGUUGCUGUCCAUGGUGCUACAGACACAGGUAUUCCUAUUGCUGUCCCUGGUGCUGCCCAUGGUGCUGUCCAUGGUGCUGAAGACAUAGGCAUUCCUACUGCUGUCCCCGAUGCUGUCCCUGGUGCUGUUCUUAGUGCUAUCCCUGGUGCUGUCCUUGGUGCUGACCCUUGUGCUACAGACACAUGUAUCUCUCCUGCUGUGGAUGUGGACACUGUGACAGCCAAUCUGCCUAAACUAUGGCAGGAAAGGGAUCCCUGUGAGUUGAUCAGCAUAGCCUGUGCACUACUGGACCUGUCCAUCAACAUAGAGAGCCUGGAGGACUGA